AUUUAAUUUCAGUUUGGUUCUUCAUUUAGCGUCCUACAAUCAUUUCCUACAAUAGCUGAGCAUGUGAGAUUUUUCUGCAACUUUUGAUUCUACUUUGACUUUAUAUGCAAGAUUUUCACCAUCAUGGUUCUGUGUCCAGGAUUUCAAAAGAAUGGCCGUCCUUGUACAAAUAUUCUGGAACAGAAAAGUAAAUUUUGCAAGCUUUGUGGAUGGAAGAUAGACCCUGAUAUAUUUCUGAAGGAGGCUAUAUCUUGUCCCAAUGUACCACUGAACAGUGAAGAGAAAUGUGGAACUUGGAUAGAGAGAGACCAAAUGUUCUGUGACCAGUGUGGAUGGGAAGUUAAUCACGAUUUCUUCCCCAGAAAACACAGUAAAGAUGAUAGAGAUAUGUCUGGGGAUAGUUACAGGAAUCUUAAGAUUCAGAUGAAGAGUCUUACAUUGAAACAAGAACAAGAGGCAUGUGGUACACAGCUGAGACACUCCUCUGACCAUCAGAAUGAUAGAUAUAUGAACCAUGUGGAUGGCCCUGACACUCCGAGUUCUUCCUCCCAAUCACCAUCCUCUGUCUCCCCCAGGGAAACCAGAGAGACAAAGACAGGGAAGGUCCUGUUUAUCCACAAUUUAAAUGAAGAGAAAGUGACUACAGAUGGUCUGUUUAAUCUGUUUAGUAUUUAUGGCAGAGUGGAAAUUGUGAAAUUGUUCUUCAAGAAGAAGAGUUCAGGGUUAAUACAAAUGGAUUGCGCGGAACAUGCAAUACUAGCCAUUGAAAAUUUGGACAGAGCAACUGUUUGGAAUCGCACUAUGCAUGUACAGUUUUCCAAGGCAGGGACAAUUCAUUUUGAAGAUCAUGAACAGUUUACAAAAGAUUUCAGAAACACAAGGCUCUUCAGGGGAGGACACGAUUUUAACUAUCUGAAGUCCGCAAAUGCUCCCUCUCCCAUAAUUCAUCUGUCCAACUUAGUGAGCACCAUUACAAAAGCAGACAUCAUCGAUGUGUUUUCAGAAUAUGGAAAUGUGUUGAACGUUGUCGUGUUUGAAUCUAAGGGGAAGAGAGGAUCUUUGUUAGAGUAUGCUUCAGUACCAGAGUCCAUCUUGGCCGUCAUGGCAAUGCACAAUUUCCUUUUGCCAGACAACUCCAGGUUAAAUGUUACGUUUUCCCAUUUCAAAUCCUUGAACAAGAAGUAGUUUGAAAGAAUGAAGCUAUGAACAGUUCUAGUUGGCUGAAUCUGCUCUUCUUCUAAAAAAUUUUAAAAAAUCAAAAGAAGACGUAUAGCUAUGGAGCUGUAGGUACUGAUGUGGAUUUUUUAUUUCUUGUGAAUGUGUCAUGAUAAAAUGUAUUUUGUACAAGGUUUGUAAAAAUUUUGUAUUUUUUUAAAUACGUUUGUUACAUAUAUUUUGUUUUAUUUUACUUGCCAUACGCAAUAUAUUGUAGUAGUACGUUACAUAUGUAGUCAUUAACAGUAUAGUUUUGUUAAGUUAGAUGGUUUGAAAUGCAAUAUUGUGUGUAAGUAAACUUAUUGUAUUCUACAUUUGAUACUGGCCAGUAAAUAGCAAGAAGUCAAAAUAUACAGCAAAAAUAAAAAUUGUAAAGGAAAGGGAAUAUAAAAAAUAAUGUGAAAAUUUCAAUUAAUAUGGUACUUAGCCAAACUUUCCUUUUUAUUCAUUAAGACUAGGUCUUCCUUUGAACUGUUCAAAACUAUAGUUGUAACUGAAUACCACUCUGUGUUCACAUUAAUUUUGUAUUAAGAUUAACUAUGUUUAUACAUUUUAUUUUACCAUUAGAUAUUAUGAUAAUCACAUUCAUAUUCACAAGUUUAUAUGUAGUCUGUUAAAUAGACAUAAAAAGGACUGUGAAUGUUAAUAGCUCAAUUAUUAUUUUUAUUUAAAUUUGUUCUCUCUGUAUAGAAAAAAAAAUGCAACCAAAAAUUAUUUUUUUAGGGAUUUUGUAUAAACUAAAGAGAUCUUACUUUUUAUGCAUAUUCUUCCAACACCUUGUUUAUAGUUUAUAACAUGUUGUCUUCUAAUGUAAAAGACUUUUCUGAAAGUAUUAUCCUGUGACAUAUUAAUUUCUUGCUUCUGUACUUGUUUGACUUUUCACCUUUCUUUUUGACUCUGAUGAGCUUCUAGUGUCUAGCAAUAAUAUUUUUCUUCAAUUUGAAAAAUCAUUCCUUAUUUUUGGCCUGUUGUUUCUACGCUCCUUUCAGUCCAUCUUUGUCACGAUUAAGCCAUUUUGUUCAUGUUCAUGCAAGAAGCAUUGCCCUGUGACUUACUUAAUCUGCCCAUUUUAUUCAUUGUUACCUUUAAUUUUCCAAAUACAAUUUGCUCUGGAAGAAAGUUUUGUGUAUCUUAAUAUCAUGCUGACGUUUUCUUCUUUUCUUAAUUCUUCUGAAAAUUGUUGAUAGUUUACUGAAUUGUUCUGUUCUGAAAUUUGUGUCUUUUUCUAUUUGAUGCUUUAGACUGGUUGAGACCUUUUGCUUCUGAGACUUUUUGAAAUUCUUCUUAAUUGAUUCCUAUUCAUGUAGAUAUUUGUACUUUUUUGUGUGUAUUCAUGAUUUCUCUAAUAAUGAAUCACCUGUUCUGUCCAUCCUUCAUUUUCAUGUUCCAAGAAAACAAUAUUCAACCACUGAGACUGCACAUUCUUUUUGAGAGUCUUUUUUCUGCUAUAUUUCUCUUUGUUGAAAAGCCCGUGUUGAUCUGAAAUAUUAGUGUUCUUCACUGUUUUCUAAAUACUUCUCCAAGAUGAGCUAUUUUCUGACGACAGCUUCAACAAAGGCAUCACCUUUGAUCAGUGCAUUGAUAUCAGUAUUUAUAUACAUGCACUGAGUUUGCUAAUAUAUCUUGUGCUUUAAUAAUUCAGGAACAGGGGCACUUGUUUCUGUAAUAAUUUUUUUAACCCAUAGUAUAUUAAAACUAUACAUGUAUACGUAUGUGUUGAAAAUUUAUUACAGAAACAAGUGUGUGUGUGUACAAGAAGCAUCGUAUAAAGUAGUACUCAUCUGUUUUAGUAAUUUUGCAACUUAUUUUAAUUUUUCAUAUGUAACUCUUUUUUAAGAAUCAUCAAAAUGUGUUACUAAAAAUUUUUGUUAGAGGUUGUUUGAGAUUAUUUGAUGAGGUUUAAAAACUCACCAAAGGUGCUGCAUUAUGUUGUAAUAUUUUAUUUUUUCCACAUGUAGUUAACAUGAUAUUCAUAAAUAAAAUUCUGUUCAAUUU